AUGAGUCAAACUGCGACUUGUGAAAUAAAGCUCGACGAACUGCCGUAUCUCGAGCAUGGCACUUCUUUGCUUUAUACCAAGAGCCUCUCUGCACAAACUCCAGAUGUGCUCACCGAUGGUCCUCAGGCAGAGUACUUUUCUGGGCUUACUCCAGGCAGUGCCAUGGGUGCCAUGGGCUCGGGGCAUACCUUGGUUAGCCCGGGGCAGAUUACGGAGCCAUUUGGGCUACGCAUAGGGAAUAUUCUGAUUGAGGACAAAGUUUUGUACUUGACCGGGGCAUGCAUGGGCAUCUUCUUGGCCAGCCUCAAUUUCACUGCGACGGGAGCUAAUCUGCCCUCAUUCCAAAAUCAUUACCAACUAUCCUAUGAAACAGUCUCGCUCGUGUUUCUUGCCGGUUUCGGAGGAUACUUAGUUUCAUGCGUGCUCAAUUCUGUUCUGCAGAGAGUGAUCGGGACAUGUAAUGUUUUAUUGAUGGCCGGUGCCUUGCAUGGUGGCGGUGCCCUGCUAAUAUCUUUCGCCCCGCCUUUCCCGGUUGUAAUUAUCGGGCUUACUCUCAUGGGUUUUGGAGGUGGCUUUUAUGAGGCAUGCCUUACCAGCGUGGUGUCGCAUUUUGAAGAUAGCCGAAUAAUGAACAUCGUAUAUGCGUUUGGUGGGCUCGGUGCACUUGUUUCACCGUUCAUCAUCGGAGGACUUGCUAAAACCAAUACUCCAUGGAAAUUUUACUAUUGGAUCCCAUUGGGCCUGACGGCACUAGUCGCUGUUUGUCACUUUAUGCUUUUUAGGAAGUAUGCGACGCCGCCCGAUCACGAGGAAGCACCAGAACACAAAAAUGUGCGAGCUAGGUUUAAGCUGGUAGUGCGUAUGCCAAUCACUUGGAUUGGGAUAAUUUUGAUGGUCCUCAGCUACGCAAUUGUGGAUGUGCUAAGCAACUGGUUAACAGCGUAUCUCAUUGAUGUCAAAGGUACCGGUCCUGACAUCUCUCGUUAUCAGCUGGCAAUGUUUUGGGCUGGCCUCACUGCUGGUAGAAUCUUCUUCUCAUUGCCUAUCAUUCAUUUUCGUGAGAGACUGGGAAAUGCCCUUUUGCUCACUUCUAUGUGCGGCGCAAUUGGUUUGCUAUGGGCGGUCAAUUCUGCCGCGUCCAACUGGGUUGCUGUUGCUAUCGCAGGAUUUUUCCUGGGCCCAAACACGCCUGGGAUAUUGUCUAUCGUAUCAACACGAGUUCCUCCGAGCCUAAAGGAAAUUGUGGUUUCUCUCACAAUUGGGUCAGCCCUUGUUGGUGGAACACUUGGAUCGUUGAUUUUUGGAUUGACCGUUGGAAAGGUCAGCCUAGGCCUGCGUUUACUUAGCCCUGUUAUUAUCGUCUUGGCUGGCUUAUCGGCUUUACUGUUCUGGGCUGUUCCUCCCCGCAGGAAAGUCGACUGA